CAGACGCUCCGUCGGUCAGGCUUGCCUGAGGAUCAAUACCGGAAGAGACAACACGCUUCUUUUGGCUCAGAACCUCGAGGGCAGCACUGCCUAGUAUCAGAUCUAAUUAGCUUGGUACCCUCGGUCAUGCGCAAUGCUGACUAGCAAACUGGGAUACACGCGUACGCAACGUGUGGGGGGAUGACGUGUAUCGUAAACCGCGAGGACAAGGCAAUCUAAGCUUCCGCCUAUGAGCAUGCUCGCCUACAGUUGAGGCGACAACGACACGAUGCAUCAGGAGGAGACUCGAGGCGCCUACUCACGAGGGUAUAUAUAAACCAUCAGAGGGUCGAGUGAUUAUCCUUUAUCUCGUACUUCCCCUCCGUCCCUUUGUAUCGCUGCCCCAAUGUCUGGAUCAUCGUCUAAACUCGCAGGAAUCAAAAGGCAUGAACAGUACUAUAUAAAAGGAGGAGAUGUGUAUUUCUUGGUCGAAGAAUCCAUGUUUAGGGUCCACCGAUACUUCUUUGAGAGAGAGUCAUCCAAGUUUCGCUCAAUGUUCAGUAGCCCGACGGCGCCGGGCAAGGAGCCUGAAGGGACCUCCCCCAGUACUGCGUUCAGACUAGACGACAUUACGGCGGAAAAUUUCGCCCACUUUCUUUGGGUGUUCUAUAAUCCGAGGCAUUCUCUAUACGACGCCUCUACAGACGUCUGGGUCGCCAUUCUCCACACGUCCUGCUUAUGGUCAUUCCCCGAAGUCAAGGCUCUCGCUAUUAGAGAACUCGAGUGCAAGACUAUCAACUUGGUGGACCGCAUCGUCCUGUACCAGGAUUACAACGUCGAUCCCACCGUCUUGGCACCAUUCUACGCCAGACUCUGUUCCCGCGACGAACCUCUCACCACAGAAGAGUCAGUGCGCUUAGGCGUUGAGACUGUCGUCCGGAUCUUCCACGCCCGCGAGCGCCUCCGCUCCUCUUCUCUCGACGGGCUGAAGAGCCCCCUGCCGAACGGCGUCGACCUCACGAACGUAAUGAAAGUCAUCGACGAGGUGUGGGGAAGCAAUACGAAACGUGCAUCAGGAUCGAAUACCGAUCCUCAAGGCUCCUCGCCGGCGAGGAAGACAAAUGGACUUGCGAACGGCGGGUUCGGUGGUGGGCGACCUUGAUCGUCCGUUGCUUACGCCGAGAGAUGAUGAUGACGCGUUGUCUGUGGGUUCUCAGACUCUUAGAAAAAAGCUCACGGUACGGGUGAAGCGUCUUUUGUCGAGCUCGAGAGGGAGGAAGGGUUAGGGUACGGGAUCGACAGUUGGAGUGUGGUGAACCUUGUCAUUCGCGUUUCUGAACCUUCACUGCGUCCGCCUGGGUCUUGGUAGUAUGGUUUUCACUUGUUGUCAUUUUUUGUAUCUACGCGUAACAUUUUCGACGUCACAUAUAUCAACGUUUCUAUCAUAUUCUACAAUCACCGCGAGAUAUUCGCAUUGCCGAAAGACAUGUGUCAUACAUGUGUAGAUAGUUUCAAAAGCACUGUCUCG